CAAGAAUAUCAAGUGACAAAACCUAAAUAAAAUUUAGAGUCCAAUUUGAGUACCUAUCUCGAUUCUCGAUUCAUUAUUUCGUUCAGGAUUUUGCAUUGAAUGGCUACCUGUCAGCUGUAUAAGAAGUACUUUGGUUGGGGAGCUGUCAAACACGGUGAAUAGAAUAGCAAAGCCAGGAGCGGUAGUGAGAACUAUUUUAAUAAAUAUGAGUUUUUAUUCGCAAUCUCUUAUUAAUAGGUAAUCGUGACGCCUACCCCUAAAUCUGAAAGAAUAGCUAAAACAAAACCGAUACCGGCAUCGUCGUAAAAUGAAUUCGAGAGAUAGAUCACUACAAGACAAAUUGAAAGUGCUCUUCAAAAAGGGUGCAUCGGCGCCGCUGCCGCCGCGCAAUGAGCUGGUAGUGAGCGGAGAGCUGGAGCGGGAGCUGAGUGCAGACGCGCCCCUGCACCGCAGGCUGCGCGCACUCAAGGAGGUCGGCGAGAAGGCGAUCCACAUCCGAGUGCAAGAGGGUGGAGUUGAAAAGCUUUGGUCAUUGACAAGAGACCUGCUAGAGGAUAGCAAUGUGGAGGCUCGACAUGCAGCAUUGUGGUUUCUGCGGUGCUUGGCAGAAGGACAGGCAGACUACCUGCAGAUCAUGCGCACAAUCUUGUUUCAUUAUUUGCGAGACACUCAUGCUCGCCAUAGUCCCGAGGACACUCAGCUACGCUUCAAAUUACUGCACACACUUACCAACACAGGAAAAAAUAUUAACUGCUUUGAAGAAGAGAUCGGGCCGUUCCUGCUGGAGUGGCUGCCGCAGGUGCAGCCCGCCACGCAGCUGGUGGAGUUCCUGCAACUCAUCAUCAAUGUCGUCAAGUACAACGCCACGUAUUUAGACGAGCACAUCGUCCACGGGAUCGUCGACUGCGCGUGCCAGCUGAUGGCGUACAGCGCGGAGGGCGGCGUGGUGGCGGCGGCGCUGGCGCUGCUGGAGGCCGUGGUGGCGUACUCCAUGGUGCCGCGCGCCGCGCACCGCGCCUUCGUGGCGGCGCUGUGCCGCACCGUGAACCUGGAGCACCACUGCCAGCCCAGCUGGAAGCUCAUGCGCAGCGUGCUGGGCGCCGACAUGGGCCACGCGGCGCUGCAGCAGCUGGUGGCGCUGCUGCGCGCGGGCGGCGACGAGGCGGGGCUGCAGCGCGGCGCCGUGUUCUACGUCAACAUGGCGCUGUGGGGGCCGCGCCGCGUGCCCACGCUGCGCGUCUCCUACCUCGCCGUGCUGCCCGCCUUCCUCAAGGCGCUGGAGGGCGACCAGCCCGUGGUGACGUACGAGGUGGUGGUGAGCCUGCACGGCGUGGUGGCGCGCGCGCCGCUGGAGCUGUGCGAGCCCGCCUGGGACGUGCUGCUGGCCAUCGUGCGCCGCGUGCUGCAGCAGGACAAGCACUACGAGCCGCCCAACGAGCUCAUCCACGACGGCGUGCACGCGCUCAUCACCAGCAUCGAGCAGCUGCAGGACGCCGGCCAGUACCGCGGCGACCCCGACGCGCUGCUGGAGCUGCUGGACGCCUGCGGACACGAGCGCCCGGAAGCGUCCACCAUGCGGCUGGUGAGCGCCCGUGCGGCGGCGCUGGCGCCCCCGGGCGCCGAGUGGGUGGCUGCAGCGCUGGCGCUGGCGGAGCGCUACGUGCGCCAGGAGGCGCGGCGCGCCGUGCGGCUGCAUGCGCUGCAGGAGCUGCUGGGCUUCAUCCGGCGGCACCGCUACCUGUACGGCGAGGAGCUGAUCGAGCUGGUGGCCAUCCCGGUGCUGAGUUCGUGCGCGCUGGACGCCGAGGUGUCGCUGCGCGCCGCGGCCGCGCGCGCGCUCACCGAGCUGGCCAAGGGCUGCACGUCGGACGCCUGCACCGACCUCAUCGACCUGCUGGAGAAGAUCCUGAACCGGCCGUUCGAGAUGUACGUGUCGGAGGUGCCGGUGCCGGCCGACACGGACACGAGCGACGUGGCGGCGGCCUGCGCCGGGCUGCUGGAGCUGCUGCACGCCAAGCUGCUGGCGGCGCCGGCCGCGCACGCGGCGCGCGCCUUCCUCGUGCUGCUGGAGCACCUGGACCACCACUACCGCCGCCACGCGCUCUUCAUGCACCACCCCGACGUCCGCAUCAAGAUCUUCGAGAUGCUGUUCGGGCUGCGCGCCAACCAGUUCAACUGCGUGGGCUUCUGCUACGACGCGAGCGGCGCGGCCGUGUACGGCGCGGCCAGCCUGCGGCUGCGGCCCGUGUGCUCGCCGUUCCUGGUGGCGGAGCCGCCGGCGGCGCGCGGCGCGCCCAGCGGCGGGGGCGCGGCGCGCGAGCUGGCGCCGGGCGCGCUGGUGCUGGGCGUGGGGCGCGCGGCGCGGCUGCUGGCCACGGCGCUGACGCGCGAGAAGGACUGGGCGGUGCUGGCGCGGCUGCUGCGCGCGCUGCCGGCGCUGCUGGCGGGGCGCGCGCUGGUGCUGGGGCGGCGCGCGCAGGACCUGGACCUGCUGGCGUCCACGCUGUGCGCCAUGGUGGGCGACCGCAGCCUGAACUUCCCCGAGUGCCUGCGCGCGCCGCCGCAGCACAAGCUGCUGGUGUCGGAGUUCCACGGCGCGGCGCUGCCGGCGCUGGCCGCCAUGGCGCCCUACCACGCCUACCUGGAGCCGCAGACGCAGCAGCGCAUCGUGCGCUGUCUGCUCAAGUACGGGAUGGUGCUGAGGACGCCGCAGCCGUACAUCAACGCGCUGACGAUAUUCACGCUGGAGACCAGGGAGACCAUGGUGAAGAUGUUGCCGGAGGUGUUGCUGGACCUGUCCAAGAUCUCCGACACCAAGGCCAUCGCCAGUCCCAUGCUGGAGUUCCUGUCCACGCUGACGCGGCUGCCGAAGGUGUUCGCGUCGUUCGUGGAGGACCAGUACAUGUCGGUGUUCGCCAUCCUGCUGCCGUACACCAACCCGUCGCGGUACAACCACUACGUGGUGUCGCUGGCGCACCACGUCAUCGCCGCCUGGUUCCUCAAGUGCCGCCUGUCCUACCGCCGCAACUUCGUGCGCUUCAUCAUACACGGCCUGCACAAUUACAUCAUCAUGCCGUUCGAGGAGCAGCUGCAGUACAAGAGCAACCACUUCCAGAACGCUAACGAGGACUCGUCCAACCGGCAGCGCAGCUCCAGCCUGGGGUCCCGCGCGGUGUCGCGCGUGCCGCUGGGCGGGCGCGGCGCGGGCGCCAGCUCGGCGUCCGCCGCCUUCCACGUGGAGCUGACGGAGACGUGCCUGGACCUGCUGGCGCGCUACACCAGCACGCCGUGCAGCGUGAAGCCGGCGCGCAGCGACACGGCCGAGUUCCUGUUCGCGGGCGGGCCGGCCAUGACGUGGCUGGUGGGCCACAAGCUGGUGACCAUCACGACGUCGGGCUGCCUGCAGAACUCGCUGAAGCAGGGGCUGUGCGAGCGCUGCGCCGCGCUGUGCCGCCAGCACGCCGACAGCGUGGCCGAGCCGCUGCCGCCGCUGGCGCCCGCAGCGCCCGCAGCGCCCGCCCAGCCCGCCGACCUCGAGCGACAAAACUCGUCGGAGAACAAGAGCGACCCGCUGGCGGCCGUGCUGAACCAGUUCUCGCAGCACUUCGAGCGCGUGUCCAAGGAGGUGGACGGCGACGAGGCGGGCUGGUCGCGCGUGGCCGAGCUGGCGGCGGCCGGGGCGUGUCCCUGCUGGUGCGCCAACUGGGCCGAGGUGCACGUGCGCUCGCCCACGGGCGACGUGUGCUGGGUCAUGCGCGUGCAGAACCACAUGAACUGGGACUACCUGCUGGAGUCGCCGCUGCAGGACGUGGCGGCGCUGCUGGCGCCCGCGCCGCUGCGCCCCGCCUCGUCCGCCUCCAGCGGCCUGGGCGACUCGCGCCACGACGCGGGCUCGGACGGCGACCCGCGCUCUCGCAGCGGCUCGUCGGGGUCUGCGCGCGCUGCGCCCCCGCAGUCUGCGCCCCCGCAGCCCGCGCCCCCGCAGCUCGCGCCCUCGCAGCCCACGCCCACCACAGACCUGCACAAGUCUAGCUCGGAGUCCACCGUGGGCGACAGGAAGCCGCCGGCCGGCGCGCGCAGCGCCGUGGGCCGCAUGAGCACGCAGCCCAUCAACAUCCCCGGCUCCCCGCAGCGGCAGAGCUCCUCCAGCACCACGGACGAGGACGACAUGCUGCUCAUCGUGCCCGAGGGCAAGUCUCGGCACCCGGUGCGCCGCUCCAACUCCUCGCCCGAGAUGUCGUCCUCGUGGAAGGCCAGCGUGGCGGCCAGCGUGGCGGCCAGCGCGGCGGCCAGCGCGGCAGCCAGCGCGGCAGCCAGUGCGGCGGCCAGCGCGGCGGCCGAGCUGCCCGUGGACCCCGACGACAUGAUCCUGCUGCCCAGCUGCGAGCCGACCAGCACGGCGCAGUCGCUGCACGCGCGGCAGAAGGCGGCCAAGAAGAGCGACAUGCGCGUGUCGUGCGAGGCCAUCCCCGAGGAGAUGUCGGGCACGUCGCCGCACGCGCCGCAUCCGCAUCUCUGCACCUACAACUCCGACCCCGGGUCCGGCGAGGGCGCGGGCGGCGGCGGGGCGCACCACCAGCUGCAGAAGGUAGGUGCGGGCGCCGCGGAGGGCGCGGAGGGCGCGGAGGGCGCGGGGCGCCGGCAGGUGAGUACGCGCUCACUGGCCGCGCCUGUGCAGACGGCCAGCGACGGCACGGUGCCGGCGGGCCACGACCUGCCGCCGCUGGCGCGCUCCAAGCGCUCCAACACCAUCUCCGUGAUGAGCCCCACGCGCCGCCACAGCGCCGCGCCGCGCGCCGCGCCGCCCGCGCCGGCCGCGCCGGGCGCCGUGGGCGGCGGCGGCGGCGGCCUGUCGCCGUCCUUCGUGUUCCUGCAGCUGUACCACAACAUGAGCACCUACCCCAUCACGCCGCCCGUGCCAGGGGAGACGCCGAGCAUCCUGAACCCGCUGGCGGAGCGUCCGCUGCGCGUGGCCGGCGUGCAGCACGAGCGGACCAUCAAGAACCUCGAUCUCGUGCCGCCCGUCGAGACCUACAAGAUCGGAGUGUUGUACGUGGGACCCGGACAACAAGACAACGAAGUUUUAAUAUUGAAAAAUGAAUACGGCAGUGUGAGAUACGCAGAGUUCCUGACGCAGCUGGGUACGCUGGUGCCGCUGGACGGCGCGGACGACCAGCCGCACCUGUUCCUCAACCUGGAGAAGGGCGGCAAGGACGGGCACUACACCUACGUGUGGAACGACGACAUCAUGCAGGUGCUGUUCCACGUGGCCACGGCGAUGCCCUCGUCGGCCAAGGACCCCACGUGCAACGAGAAGCGCAAGUACAUCGGCAACGACUACGUGUCCAUCGUGUACAACGACUCGGGCGCCGACUUCAACAUACACACCAUCAAGGGACAGUUGAACUUCUGCAUCGUAGUAGUGGAGCCGUACGAGCACGGCAUGAACCGCGUCUUCGUCAAGACGAAGGACGAGCGCAUCCGCACCAAGUUCCUGGCGCACCACGACACGCACUGCGUCUCCGACUCCAACGUAGCGCUGCUCGCGCGCCAGAUGGCGCUGCACUGCGCGCUGGCGUCGCAGAUCUCGCAGUCGCUGAAGCUGGGCGGCGCGCCGUACGCGUCCAACUCGCUGGAGCGGCUGCGGCUGCUGAAGCGGCUGCGCGUGCGCGCGGAGGCGGAGCGCCUGGCCGCGGCCGCGCGGCCGCCGGAGCCCUACGCCGGGCCGCCCGACCUGGCGCACCGCGUGGCCAUCGACGACUUCAACGACUACACCUAGGCCGCGGCCGCGAGCGCCCGACGCUGGUCGCGCCGCCGUGUCUGUCGUCGGACUUGCCGCGCACUCUGCUUCGCGUGUCGCCGACGACGGUGUCCGACUACUUUGCUUAUAUCUCGAUCAGUUUAUUUUUACAUGAACCCUUACGUGAGAUGUGAUAGUAGAGUAACGAGUAAAUACGAUAUAGAAAUAUGAAGUAUAUGAUAAAGCUGACAAGUUUUCUACAAAUCGCUUCGCUUACGAGUUCCCGCGACUUUGAUGUAGAAGUUUUUCAAUAAAUAGAAACAAUACGAGCCGCCGCCAGUGAAGUGGACGACUGCCGGACCCCGUGUACUGCGGAACUGUUUAUGUUUCAUUCGAUUCUACUGAUAGGUACGUGUUGGUCUAGGUUGGACGUGGCUUAAAUAGUUUAAUUUCAUAUAUAAAUUUAGAUUUGAACUGAAUAAUGUAAAAGUUAAUGUUAAGAAUUCUGAAUAAGUACAUGUUUUCACAAAAUAAUGAUGAGUUUGUCGUAGCGAGGAGCGCAGCGCGGCCGGGGCGUGACGUCACCGGCCGCGCCGCGCACUCGUCACUGAAUCGCUACACAGUUGAGGCAUUUCUUGUUUUAUAUAUUUUAUGUAGCAAUUUAUUUCCUGACAAAACAUUUUGUAAUCAAAUAAAUGAUGGCUAUUU